CGAACUGCGACACUUCUCAUGGCUGGUUCGCCUUUCGCCUGUCCGCUGGGCGCUGCUGCGCCUCUUUCUUGUGCGCCGCGCUAUUCGUAUCGACACUCCGCCGCAGUCGUUGCUGUCUUUGGUUGGCUGACUACGGUGAUGGCGCUGUGCGCUGGUGGCACUCGCUCCUAGUGCCGCCACCGGCUCCCAGCACUAGUGGCCGUUGCUGCCACCAUAGCUGCUGCUGCUGCUGCUAUUGCUGCUGCUGCUGCUGCUGCUGCUGCUGUGGUUCGUCGCUACCGCCAUUGCCACCGUUACCAGCGCAAUCGUCAGCCCCUAUCGUAUGGAGCUUCUGCGACUGCUUUGCUGGACCUGCGUCCAGCAGUUUGCUUCUACUGCUCGACUGGUUUCAGACGCUCCUCCACACCAUUAGAGGGGUGCGCUUUUGUUGUUCUACCAUAGACAAAGCUGGAAUAAGUUACUCGAACGAAUUUAGCCAGCUGCAGUGUAUACAGUUCGUGCAGAUAUGUGUCUACGUUUGCCUAACUGGGUGCUGCUAAAUGCAAAUUGAAAUAACAGAUAAUUAGUUCGAUGGGUGGUAGCUAAGAAGACGGUGCUUGCUGCUCGUAUCGACUUGUUGGAGCUUCUUCCGCUGGCGCUAGUGUCGGUGUUUCUGCGGUUCUGUAAGAAGCCAAGAUGCCGCUCUAACGUUGGAUUACUUAGUAAGAUGUGUUUCCGUAUGUGUCUAUGUAUGGCUGCACUAUCGUUUAACUUCUCUGUACUUCCGUAUGUUGGUGUACACGAUAAAGAGACGAAGCUACAGUGAUAACCUGGCGGAUUGCAUAUUGACGCCCGCUGCAUUUUAAUGAAAGCCACGUAAACUCGACAAGAGGAUGGGCGACUCGAAUGGAAGUCCACCAAUCGUAUCUCCGCCGCUCACUCCACAGUCGGAGCGCACUGCCCCGACGAGGAUCAUUUCACCGGGUGCGCGAUCGCUCGUCGAAUCGUGCCAAUGGUUCCACGGAAAAAUGACCCGUUCCCAAGCCGAGGAAGUUCUCCGACAAAACGGCGGUCGCAAUGGGCAGUUUCUUGUGCGAGAAUCCGGAAGUUCACACGGUGAUUUCGCUAUUUCGGUCGUCCAUAAUGGCUCCGUCGUACACUAUCAGGUAAGACGACAUGGUGGUGACGCAUUUUUUUCAGCAGGCGAAGCUGGACCGAUUAUUCAUGGCCUGGAGGAGCUUAUACGUUACUAUGAACAACCCGGUCAGGCCGGCUUGGUAUGUUCGCUUCAGGAGAUGUGCAAGGGUCAAGCGCCUCCGCAUGAUACGCGACGGCAUGGAAGGACGAACCUUCUGCACAGAGCGACCAAAUCGUGUAAUUUAUCAGUCGUGAGAGAAUUGCUUCAAAGUGAUUAUAACAUUGAUGCUAAAAAUCAAGACGGUCAGACAGCUCUGCACCUUGCAUGUUUAGAAGGUGAGCCUAAAAUAGCAUUGGAACUUCUCGACCGCGGAGCGUCUCCUAACUGCCUUGAUGGUAAAGGACAUACUCCCUUACAUUACGCGUGUCGCGAGGGUUAUUUCCAUUGUGUACAACAUCUACUCGAUCACGGAGCCUCGAUGACCAUUUAUUCAUUGGGCUCAAGAUGGGCUCCUCUGCAUUUUGCUGCAUAUCGUGGAGAUGAAGAUAUCGUCCGUUUGCUUCUGGAUGAAGGUGCUCCAGUGCGGCCGCGAACAAAGGGCGAGGAACUACCCAAAGACUUAGUAUACCGGGGACAGCCAGAAUUGCGACCCAGUUUGACGAAAUUGUUAACUGAGAGGAUGGAUCCCGUGUAUCAGGGUUACCACCGAGAGGAAUGGUUUCAUGGAAGCCUCUUAAGGGAAGAGGCAAAUGCUUUGCUCGAAGGUUCGUCCGACGGAGCGUUCCUUAUUAGAACCAGCAGAAGACCAGGUGUCCCAGAAAACACAACCGUGCUCUCAAUGGCCUAUAAUGGGGAGGGAAAACAUUUCGCGGUUUCUCGAAGGAAUCGAUUUCAUUUUAUAGAUGACGGCCCAUUUUUUGAUAGUCUCGAGGCUCUCAUUGAGCAUUACUCUCGACACAACGAUGGUCUGCCCUGCACUCUUAGAGCACCCGUCAGACCAGUGGUAGGUCCAGUAGUCAGUUCUAGCCUUCCCGGAUGGCGGACCUCGCUGCAUGCGCCUUUGACGCCGACAGCAGGGGCAUCACCGAAUGAGCCGACACGCCAAUUCGAAAAUGCUUCUAUCAUAGCUAGGGAAAAACUCAAACUCAAGGAAAAUAUCGGAGGGGGAGAAUUUGGAUCUGUAUAUAGUGGUGUAUGGGAUUCGCGCAGCGGAAGCACUCAGGUUGCUGUAAAAACACUUCGUGAAGAACAUUCAACUCCUGAAAAAUGGAAAGGUUUUGUGCACGAAGUAAACAUGAUGCUUGGUUUGGCACAUCCUUGUAUUGUCAAACUCAUCGGCGUUUGCUUAGGACCUCCCCUCAUGAUGGUUCAAGAACUGGUGGAGCUUGGGAGUCUUAUUCGGUAUCUUCAAGAACAAGCAGAUACGAUCGAGGUUCAAGUUGAUUUCCCAAGGUGGUCCCAGCAGAUUGCAAGUGGAAUGAGCUAUCUUGAGUCCCGUCAGCUGGUGCAUCGAGAUCUUGCUGCCCGAAACAUCCUUCUUGCAUCGCGAAUGCAGGCCAAGAUUUCUGACUUCGGAUUGUCGCGAGCCGUACAGAUCAACGACAACAACUACCACGCGUCCACAGGCGGAAAAUGGCCCUUGAAAUGGUAUGCCCCAGAGGCAGUCAACUUUGGUAGUUUUAGUACUGCUAGUGACGUUUGGAGCUUCGGGGUAACCCUAUGGGAGAUGUACUCUUUCGGAGCAGAGCAACCUUACGGGUCCAUGACCGGAAUACAGGCAUCAGGCGUCACUCUGAUCUGUACGCGUUUAUUCUUUCAUACAACGAGAUAUCAAAGACUGGGGAAAUCCCUCAAAACGUUUCUGAAGAAAACGCCGCUAAGCGAAGAUCAGAAACGACCGAAUAAGCCUGUCGCAAGUGUGUUGAACUUCGUCGAAACAGGUUCUCGAUUAGAUCAACCGAUAGCAUGUCCUGAUUGGUGCUAUGAGAUCAUGCUACGUUGCUGGAGCAUUGAGAAAGACGCAAGGCCAUGCUUUGGAGAUUUAGCGCAAAUGUUUGCCGAACAAAUCCCACUGCACUAUAUAGACAACGUCGUCGUUGUAUGAUAGCCCAGAAUGGUGGUCGUGGUCGCGUUUAGAAACUUGCGAAUCAUCUACAUAUGCAAAACAUAUAAUAGCAUAGUGUAUUAAUGCUCAGCAGUCUAUUGGCAAACCGUUCCCUGGUGGUAGGCAAGGCUGGACCAUUUUACGUUCAUACGAAGCUUGCCACCGUCGUCGAAGUAAGAGAUCCUAUUGGCAUGUAUUUGAAUAUAACAUGUAACACGUAAUCAUUGUAUAUACUGUGCAAGUCUUGCCUCUUCUGUUGCUUCGCUUGUGUGCCUACAAUAGAAAACAGAUUCCAAACUGUGCAGGGAGCUAGCGGGCCCUAUGUCUGGUGGCAUCGGCAAAAAGGUCGUGUAGCCCCAUAUGCUCUAGUCCGAAUUGAAGUUGAACCAGCGAGAUUGAUGACUAUCGAGAUGAUAUCAGUAAACAACUGCAACGUGACAAUGACCUGAACGCGUAUCCAAGACAAAACAACAGAUGUUAGACGGUCAACUUGAAGCUAUAACAAAUAAGGUCAAGCCUACAAUGAAAAAAACACACCCGAUAAAAAAGGUAAUAACAUGCGUCGCCCAAAUAGAUAUCGGCAUGCUUACUUCCAUAACAUACAUGAAGAGAAAUUGCCGAUAGAACUUAUAGAUAGAUAAGCUUGUGAGUCCAUUGGUUUCCUAUUUUUUUGACUGUGCCCAAAAAAAACAGGUAAACUACAAUAAAAACACACUAUUUGCAAUAGUCAUUUCUAAACAGCUGGACGCCUUCCGGAUCAAUUUUGGAAAAAACAUCAGAUAAAAGUCCCAUUUUCAUAUUCUCUGCAGCCAUAUUUGUAUUUUAGCUUACCAAAGAAACUGAUUAGCGACGCAGACGCGGGACAUCACGACAUGCACUUAACAGUGAAGCGCAAGCUGAGUCUAUAGACUUCGUUUUGGCAAAAAAAGCUCCUAAUAGUGUAAUCAUAUGUAGACGCGUAUCUGUAAGUAAUGAGCAUUAUGAUUUCUUUUCGUGUUACAUUCAAUUGUCGUGAAGGGCUUUGCUUUUCUCGAACACAAAAAGUUUUCGUGAUAUUGUUCUAUUAAACACAAACUAUAUAAAAUGCAAUAUGGUAAAUAAAUGUACAGUUACUUAAGCAGCUCACUUGCGGU